AGGCUGCACUCAUGGCACCUCCAAGUGAGGAGACGCCCCUGAUCCCUCAGCGCUCCUGCAGCCUCUCCUCUUCAGAGGCUGGUGCCCUGCACGUGCUGCUGCCCCCUCGGGGCCCUGGACCCCCGCAGUGCCUAUCCUUCUCCUUUGGGGACCACUCAGCUGAAGAACUAUGUGUUUGGGCUGCUAAGGCCAGUGGCAUCCUGCCCGUGUACCACUCCCUCUUUGCUCUGGCCUUGGAGGACCUGUCCUGUUGGUUCCCCCCGAGCCACAUCUUCUCCGUGGAGGACGUGGGCACCCAGGUCCUUGUCUACAGGCUCCGCUUUUACUUCCCCAACUGGUUUGGGCUAGAGAAGUGCCACCGCUUUGGGCUACGAAAGGACUUAGCCAGUGCCAUCCUUGAUCUGCCAGUCCUGGAGCACCUCUUUGCCCAGCACCGCAAUGACCUGGUCAGCGGCCGCCUCCCGAUGGGCCUCAGCCUCAAGGAGCAGGGUGAGUGUCUCAGCUUGGCUGUACUGGACCUGGCCCAGAUGGCCCUCGAGCAGGGUCAGCGGCCCGAGGAGCUGCUGAAGACCAUCAGCUACAAGGUCUGCCUGCCCCCCGGCCUGCGCGACCUGAUCCAGGGCCUGAGCUUCGUGACGCGGAGGCGUAUCCGAAGGACAGUGCGCCGGGCCUUGCGCCGCUUGGCCGCCUGCCAGGCUGAUAAGCACUCGCUCAUGGCCAAGUACAUCAUGGACCUCGAGCGGCUGGACCCAGACAGGGCCACCGAGACCUUCCGCGUGGGCCUCCCCGGAGCUGCUGGUGGUCAGGAUGCGCCGGGGCUGCUCCACGUGGCUGGCGGCAGUGGCAUCGCCUGGAGCCCGGGAGAACACGAGGUCCUCCAGCCCUUCUGCGACUUUCCAGAAAUCGUGGAUAUCAGCAUCAAGCAGGCCCCACGCAUUGGCCCCGCCGGGGAGCACCGCCUCGUCACCAUCACCAGGACAGACAACCAGAUCCUGGAGGCCGAGUUCCCGGGGCUGCCCGCAGCGUUGUCCUUCGUGGCGCUCGUGGAUGGCUACUUCCGGCUGACCACUGACUCCGGCCACUACUUCUGCAAGGAGGUGGCGCCGCCGCGGCUGCUGGAGCAGGUGGCCGAGCAGUGCCAUGGCCCCAUCACCUUGGAUUUUGCCAUCAACAAACUCAAGACUGGGGGUUCACUUCCCGGCUCCUACGUUCUCCGCCGCAGUCCCCAGGAUUUCGACAGCUACCUCCUAACUGUCUGUGUCCCGACCCCCCUGGGCCCUGAUUACAAGGGCUGCCUCAUCCGGUGCGACCCCACAGGAACCUUCUCCCUGGCUGGCCUUGGCCAGCCCCACAGCAGUCUUCGAGAGCUCCUGGCAGCCUAUUGGGGUGGUGGGUUGCACGUGGAUGGGGUUGAGCUGAACCUCACCUUCUGCUGCACCCCCAGACCCAAAGAAAAGUCCAAUCUGAUUGUGGUCCGGAGAGAUUGCAACCCACCCACAUCAUCCCCUGUUCAGCCCCAAUCCCAAUGCCAGCUGAGUCAGAUGACAUUUCACAAGAUCCCUGCCGACAGCCUGGAGUGGCAUGAGAACCUCGGUCACGGGUCCUUUACCAAGAUUUACCGGGGCUGUCGCCAUGAGGUCGUGGAUGGGGAGGCCCGAGAGACAGAGGUGCUGCUCAAAGUGAUGGAUGCCAAGCACAAGAACUGCAUGGAGUCAUUCCUGGAAGCAGCGACCUUGAUGAGCCAAGUGUCGUACCAGCAUCUCGUGUUGCUCCAUGGCGUGUGCAUGGCUGGAGACAGCAUAAUGGUGCAGGAAUUUGUAUACCUGGGAGCGCUGGACACGUAUCUGCGCAAGUGUGGCCAGCUGGUGCCGGCCAGCUGGAAGCUACAGGUGAUCAAACAGCUGGCUUAUGCCCUCAACUAUCUGGAAGACAAAGGUCUCCCUCACGGCAAUGUCUCAGCCCGGAAGGUGCUCCUGGCUCGGGAGGGGGCUGAUGGGAACCUGCCUUUCAUCAAGCUGAGUGACCCCGGUGUCAGCCCCACUGUGCUAAGCCUGGAGAUGCUCACUGACAGGAUCCCCUGGGUGGCCCCUGAGUGUCUCCAGGAGGCCCGAACACUUGGCUUGGAAGCUGACAAGUGGGGCUUUGGUGCCACAGUCUGGGAGGUGUUCAGCGGUGUCACAAUGCCCAUCAGCACCCUGGAUCCUGCCGAGAAGCUUCAGUUUUACCAGGAACGGCAGCAACUGCCUGCACCCAAGUGGAUGGAGCUGGCCCUGCUGAUUCAACAGUGCAUGGCCUACGAGCCAGGCCACAGGCCCUCUUUCCGCGCUGUCAUCCGUGACCUGAACAGCCUCAUCACUUCAGAUUAUGAGCUCCUCUCAGACCCCACACCUGGUGCCCUGGCUCCCCAUGAUGGGCUUUGGAAUGGCGCCCAGCUCUAUGCCUGCCAGGACCCUACCAUCUUUGAGGAGAGACACCUCAAGUACAUCUCACAGCUGGGCAAGGGCAACUUUGGCAGCGUGGAACUGUGCCGCUAUGACCCGCUGGGCGACAACACAGGUGCCCUGGUGGCCGUGAAGCAGCUGCAGCACAGCGGGCCAGAACAGCAGAGGGACUUUCAGCGGGAGAUCCAGAUCCUCAAAGCCCUCCACAGUGACUUUAUUGUCAAGUACCGGGGUGUCAGCUAUGGCCCAGGCCGCCUGAGCCUGCGGCUGGUCAUGGAGUACCUGCCCAGCGGCUGCCUGCGCGACUUCCUGCAGCGGCACCGCGCGCGCCUUGACGCUGGCCGCCUGCUCCUCUACGCCUCGCAAAUCUGCAAGGGCAUGGAGUACCUGGGCUCCCGCCGCUGCGUGCACCGCGACCUGGCAGCCCGUAACAUCCUGGUGGAGAGCGAGACGCAUGUCAAAAUCGCUGACUUCGGCCUCGCCAAGCUGCUGCCGCUCGACAAAGACUACUACGUGGUCCGCGAGCCAGGCCAGAGCCCCAUCUUCUGGUACGCCCCAGAAUCCCUCUCGGACAACAUCUUCUCGCGCCAGUCGGAUGUCUGGAGCUUCGGGGUCGUCCUGUACGAGCUCUUCACCUACAGUGACAAGAGCUGUAGCCCCUCAGCCGAGUUCCUGCGGAUGAUGGGAUGUGAGAGAGAUGUGCCAGCCCUCUGCUGCCUCCUGGAGCUGCUGGCCGACGGCCAGAGGCUGCCCGCACCUCCUGCCUGUCCUGGUGAGGUUCAUGAGCUCAUGAAGCUGUGCUGGGCCCCUAGCCCACAAGACCGGCCACCAUUCAGCACCCUGGGCCCCCAGCUGGAUGCACUGUGGAGUGGAAGCCAGGGAUAG